UUGUGGGCUGCAAGGCCCAAAUUAUUUUUGCUUCAACAAAAGAUUUUUUAGAAACCUUCCAAAAAUGAUCAACCUUCUCCCCCUUCUUUUAAUUAUUUCCAUAAUUUCGUUUUCUUCUGCCUCUCCACGUCUUCAAGGUCCCCCACCUCAAGGAAAAGGAGGAAAGGAUGACAAGUUUGGCGGCCACCAUCAACCACCUCAUUUCUAUGGAGGCGGAAAGCGCUUGCCGUAUCCCGCUCCAGGCCCUCCCCUCGAUUUUGUACUUGAAGCUAGUGAAAAGGCUAGAGAGGGGUAUUUUAAAAUGUUGGCUGAGAGUGAAGAUAAGCCUAAGAAGGCAAUUAAGGAGGCUAUUGUUAAAUGGGCUGAGGCUAACGAUCUAAAGAAAAUAUAUGAGGAAUCAACAAGUGAACAUUACAAGAAGCGCAAGGCUUUCCAUGAUGUGGUUGUUGAGAAUCUGGCCGGAAAAGCUUUGGAGGCGUUUAAAAAGAUUUGGGACAUCACCCAAGCUGAUCAACUCACCCGAGGAGAGGAAUGCCAACAAAUCAAUGCCGUUCUCUCAGAAUUAAAAACAAAAAUUCGCCACAUGGUUCCUUUGGUUAGUCCACAAAUAAGUGGACCUCCUUCCCAGCGUUGUUUUGAACCUCAAGAAGAAUUUUGA